CCGGGGGGGGGGGGCCUCUGGAGGUGGCUUACGAGCCCCAGACCCACUUGAGUCUCACGCCCCUCCUGCUGGCACCUCCAUCCCUUCCCUGCCCCACCCCCAUUUGUGGGUUUAGGGCUUGCGGAGAAUUGCCGUUGAACUGAGAAACUUGCCACUAGCCCCUCAGGAGGCAAACCCCCGCAAGAGUGCCGGUCCAGGGGUCUCUGGGGAGGCCCGACUCCGCAGGUCAGGUGUUUGGGGUACGCUGGCUAGUCCUUGGCUCUCUCUGCCGGCGCGCGGGACGCCGCAGGCUGCGCUCUCCAGCUGAGUGACGCAGAGCGUGCUGCGGACCACGCGGAAGGUGCGGAGGACAGCGGGCGCGGGGCUCAACCUCGGCUCCGCUCGGGAUGCAGGCGGUCCUGCGGGGCCAGGGCCGCGGUCCUGAGCAGCAGCGCGAGUAAGGCGGGUACGGGGCGCUCCCAGUAGAUUCACGGUCUGGCAGCGCUCUGGCCUCGGUGAACACCAGCGGGGUGCAGUGGCGAGCCGCUCCCUCCCCAGCGUGUUUCUGGAACCCUCGGCCUAGCCAGUCCGAGCAAAGCCUGUCCUGAGGGAGGCGGGGGCCCGUGGAGGCUGCAGCUCGGGCGUCAGGAUGGAGCCCUCGGCCCUGACGAAAGCUGGCUCCAAGCAGGAGGAGGGCUUCGGGGUGCAGUCCAGGAGGGUGGCAGACCUGGGCCUGGUCCCCAACCUGCGGCGAAGCAACAGCAGCCUCUGCAGGAACAGGAGGUCGCAGUACCUGUUCAACAGCUGUGAGAAGGAAAAUCUCAGCACGUGGAUUCCCGAAAAUAUCAAGAAGAAACAAUGCAUCUACUUUGUGGAGAGCUCCAAACUGUCUGAUGCCGGGAAGGUGGUGUGUGAGUGCGGCUACACGCGCGAGCAGCACUUGGAGGAGGCCAUCAAGCCCCACGGCCUCCUGAGCAAUGAGUGGGACCCGAAAAAGCACGUCCAGGAGAUGCCGACAGACGCCUUUGGUGACAUUGUCUUCACAGGCCUGAGCCAGAAGGUGGGAAAGUACGUCCGCCUCUCCCAAGACACUCCCUCCUGCGUGACCUACCAGCUCAUGACCCAGCAUUGGGGCCUAGACGUCCCCAACCUCCUCAUCUCGGUCACGGGCGGGGCCAAGGACUUCAACAUGAAGCCCCGGCUGAAGAGCGUCUUCCGCAGAGGCCUGGUCAAGGUGGCGCAGACCACAGGAGCCUGGAUCAUCACCGGGGGGUCCCACACCGGCGUGAUGAAGCAGGUGGGCGAGGCCGUGCGCGACUUCAGCCUGAGCAGCAGCUACAACGAGGGGGAGGUCGUCACCAUCGGGAUCGCCACGUGGGGCACCGUGCACAACCGCGAGGGCCUGGUCCACCCCACGGGCAGCUUCCCUGCCGAGUACAUCAUGGACGAGGAGGGCCAGGGGCACCUGACCUGCCUGGACAGCAACCACUCGCACUUCAUCCUUGUGGACGACGGCACCCACGGCCGCUACGGGGUGGAGAUCUCCCUGAGGUCCAAGCUGGAGAAGUUCAUUUCGGAGCAGACGAAGGAGAGAGGAGGCGUGGCCAUCAAGAUCCCUAUCGUGUGCGUGGUGCUGGAGGGAGGACCCGGCACGCUGCAGACCAUCUACAACGCCAUCACCCACGGCACCCCCUGCGUGGUGGUGGAGGGCUCGGGCCGCGUGGCCGACGUCAUCGCCCAGGUGGCCAGCCUGCCCAUCUCCGAGAUCACCAUCUCCCUGAUUCAGCAGAAGCUGGCCGUGUUCUUCCAGGAGCUGUUCGACACCUUCACCGAGUGCAGGAUCGUGGAGUGGACCAAGAAGAUCCAAGACAUUGUCCGGAGGCGGCAGCUGCUGACCAUCUUCCGGGAGGGCAAGGACGGCCAGCAGGACGUGGACGUGGCCAUCCUGCAGGCCCUGCUGAAAGCCUCUCGGAGCCACGACCACUUUGGCCACGAGAACUGGGACCACCAGCUGAAGCUGGCAGUGGCGUGGAAUCGCGUGGACAUCGCCCGGAGUGAGAUCUUCACGGACGAGCGGCAGUGGAAGCCUUCAGAGCUGCACCCCAUGAUGACGGCCGCCCUCAUCUCCAACAAGCCCGAGUUCGUGAAGCUCUUCCUGGAGAACGGGCUGCGGCUGAAGGAGUUCGUCACCUGGGAUACCCUGCUGUACCUGUACAAGAACCUGGACCCCUCCUGCCUGUUCCACUGCAAGCUGCAGAAGGUGCUGGCGGAGGAGCUCGAGCGCGCGGCCUACGUGCCCCCCGUGCCCGCCGUGCAGAUGCACCACGUGGCCCAGGUGCUGCGGGAGCUGCUGGGCGACUUCACGCAGCCGCUCUACCCCCGGCCCCGCUCCAGCGACCGGCCGAGGCUCCUGCUGCCCGUGCCCCACAUCAGGAUCAACGUGCAGGGAGUGAGUCUCCGAUCCCUCUACAAACGUUCAUCGGGCCACGUCACUUUCACCAUGGACCCGGUCCGCGAUCUUCUCAUUUGGGCCAUUGUCCAGAACCGCCGGGAGCUGGCAGAAAUCAUCUGGGCUCAGAGCCAGGACUGCAUUGCCGCGGCCUUGGCCUGCAGCAAGAUCCUCAAGGAGCUCUCCAAGGAGGAGGAGGACACGGACAGCUCCGAGGAGAUGCUGGUGCUCGCCGACCAGUUUGAGCACAGGGCCAUCGGGGUCUUCACCGAGUGCUACCGGAAGGACGAGGAGAGAGCGCAGAAACUGCUCAUCCGCGUGUCGGAGGCCUGGGGGAAGACCACCUGCCUGCAGCUGGCCCUGGAGGCCAAGGACAUGAAGUUCGUCUCCCACGGGGGCAUCCAGGCCUUUCUGACCAAGGUGUGGUGGGGCCAGCUCUCCGUGGACAACGGGCUCUGGCGGGUGAUCCUGUGCAUGCUGGCCUUCCCGCUGCUCUCCACCGGCCUCAUCUCCUUCAGGGACAGGCGGCCGCAGGCGGUGCGAGGCCUGGCCCGGGUCCGCGCCUUCUUUAACGCGCCCGUGGUCAUCUUCCACCUGAACAUCCUGUCCUACUUCUCCUUCCUCUGCCUCUUCGCCUACGUGCUCAUGGUGGACUUCCAGCCCUCGCCCUCCUGGUGCGAGCACCUCAUCUACUUCUGGCUCUUCUCCCUGGUCUGCGAGGAGCUGCGGCAGCUCCUCUACGACCCGGAUGAGUGCGGGCUGGCGAAGAUGGCGGUCCUGUACUUCAGCGACUUCUGGAAUAAACUGGACAUCGCCGCCAUCCUGCUCUUCAUAGCAGGACUGACCUGCAGGCUGAUCCCGGGACUGCUGUACCCGGGGCGCAUCGUACUCUCUCUGGAUUUCAUCAUGUUCUGCCUCCGGCUGAUGCACAUAUUUACCGUCAGCAAGACGCUGGGGCCCAAGAUAAUCAUCGUGAAGCGGAUGAUGAAGGAUGUCUUCUUUUUCCUCUUCCUGUUGGCCGUGUGGGUGGUGUCCUUCGGGGUGGCCAAGCAGGCCAUCCUCAUCCACAACGAGAGCCGGGUGGACUGGAUCUUCCGGGGGGUCGUGUACCAGUCGUACCUCACCAUCUUCGGGCAGAUGCCGACCUACAUCGACGGCGUGAACUUCAGCCUGGACCAGUGCAGCCCCAAUGGCACGGACCCCUACAAGCCCAAGUGCCCCGAGAGCGACUCCACCCACCACCAGCCCAUCUUCCCCCAGUGGCUGACCGUCAUCCUGCUCUGCCUGUACCUGCUCUUCACCAACAUCCUGCUGCUCAACCUGCUCAUUGCCAUGUUCAACUACACGUUCCAGCAGGUCCAGGAGCACACGGACCAGAUCUGGAAGUUCCAGCGGCACGACCUGAUCGAGGAGUACCACGGCCGGCCUCCGGCCCCGCCCCCCUUCAUCCUCCUCAGCCACCUGCACCUCUUCAUCAAGCGGGUCAUCCUGAAGAUCCCGGCCAAGCGGCACAAGCAGCUCAAGAACAAGCUGGAGAAGAACGAGGAGGCGGCGCUCCUGUCCUGGGAGAUCUACCUGAAGGAGAACUACCUACAGAACAUACAGUACCAGCAGAAGCAGAGGCCGGAGCAGAAGAUCCAGGACAUUAGCAGCAGGGUGGACACCAUGGUGGACCUGCUGGAAAUGGACCGUCUGAAGGGCUCGGGCUCCAUGGAGCAGAGACUGGCCUCCCUGGAGGAGCAGGUGGCCCAGACAACCAGAGCAUUGCACUGGGUCGUGAAGACCCUCAGAAAUGGUGGCUUAGGCUCGGAGGAAGGAGCCCCCACCCUCGCACCCCAGAAGGUCUUGGAGGGGCAGGACCCUGAGCUGGACAGAGGGCAGAAGGCGGAGGACCUAGGUGACGCCUACCACAUCAACGCCCGGCACCUCCUGUACCCCAACUCCACUGUCGUGCGUUUCCCUGUGCCCAACGAGAAGGUGCCCUGGGAGACGGAGUUUCUCAUCUAUGAUGACCCGCCCUUCUACUCGGCUGACAGGAAGGACAAGGACCUGAUGGACCCCACGGGAGACACCCUGGACCCUCCGCUCAGUAUCACCUUCAAUGCUAUGGACGGAUUCAUAGACCGCCAGAGCCACCACGGCAUCUACAUGGUUCGGAAGGGGUUUCCUCUGAACCCCAUGGGCCGCACGGGGCUGCGAGGCCGUGGGAGCCUCAGCCGCUUCGGACCCAACCACACGCUGCAGCCCGUGGUCACUCGGUGGAGGAGGAACCAGGAUGGCGCCAUCUGCCGGAGAAGCAUCAAGAAAGUGCUGGAAGUGCUGGUGGUGAAGCACGCCCUCUCAGAACACUGGGCCUUGCCAGGGGGCUCCCAGGAACCCGGAGAGGUGCUGCCCCGGAAGCUGAAGCAGGUCCUUCAGAAAGAGUUCUGGCCAUCCUUCAAGAGCCUGCUGGAGCAGGGCACGCAGGUGUACAAAGGCUACGUGGAUGACCCUCGGAACACGGACAAUGCCUGGAUCGAGACGCUGGCCGUCAGCAUCCACUUCCCAGACCAGAGCAGCGUGGAGCUGAAGCGGCUGAACUCUCACCUGCACACCAGUGACCCAGGGAUGUCCGUCCGAUGGCAGGUCGUGGACAAGCGCAUCCCGCUGUACACCAACCACAAGGCCAUCCUCCAGAAGGUGGCCGCUCUGUUCGGGGCUCACUACUGACCCGCGAGCUCAGGCAAGCCGGGUCCGACCCCGGCCCCUCGGAGACUUAGGCGGCACAGGACACAGCCUAAGGGGACCUUGGGCAGACAAGGGGCCCGGUGUGGUGUGGUUUGGGAAUCUGCCACCCCUCAGAGCCAACUUGAGUUGCCCGCCAGACGAUUUCGUGAACCAGAGGGUGGCGGCAAGGCGCCCUGAGAAGGGAGCCCAGGCAGGGCACGGGCUGGCUCCAGUCACCUGGCAUCUCCUCAGGGUUGCAGUGGCCAUGGGGACCCCGCCAGCCAUCACUGCCUCUCCCCAGCUGGCCGCCCGCCAGCUGGGGGACUGGAGCCUCCUGGCGGCCUCGGCCUUCGACAUGAGCAGCGCGUCCCUGACCAGAGGAGCGUCGGCCCAGGGCUGCUGUCCUUUGGAGAGUUGGGGUUCCCCUGUGGCCCCCUCCUCAGGCCUCUGCCUCCACUGGGACCUGACUCGGACCUUCGUCUUGCCUGAGGCAGGCACCACGGAACCCCAGUUCACAGUCCAGGCCACUGUCGGGGCCGAGCAAGGGCAGGAGGCUGGUGAGGGCAGGCCUUCCCCAGAGAUGCGGAGCGCGCCUGCCUUCGCAUGGCCCGGGGACCCAGGCGGGGCUCUCCUGCCCACAGCUCUCCCUCCACCCGCUCUCUGUGAGUGCAGGGAGGCGUGGGCAGUGGGCACCGAUAGGGGGCACCCCCUUUAGAGUCUCAAGUCACAACCCAUCAGCAUAAACCACCAGGAACAUCAGGACCAGGAAUAUUGUUGAACCUGACAUUAAAUUCACUGUCCCAU